GGCAGCUAGCAAAUUUUGCGCAAGUAUUUGUGGGUGCGUUACACUAUUGAACACAAACUUCAGCGUAAGGUUUUACCAAUUGGUGCUCCAGCUGAAAUUCCAGCAAAGAUGAGGAGGAUAGCUUUCUGUUUGGGAAUCUGUCUUACUGUGUUAGGUUUGAGCAAAGCAGUGAAUGGAAAUGAAGCCUGCCAGGAACCGAUGCAGCAAGGAGAGCCGACAGAUUCUAAAUUAAAGACCAUUCAAUGGUUCUACGACUCAGUUGCUGACCUUUGCCAACCGUUUUUCUACAGUGGAAAAGGAGGCAACAAUAACAGAUUUUCAAAUGAAACAUACUGUUUGAAAACCUGCUCUGAUACUUAUUCUGAAAAGUUUCCAGAAGGAGACGCAGUGUGCAAUCUGCAAAAAGAACGAGGGGAUUGCCGUGCCAACAUCCUUAAGUGGUACUACGAUCCAACCAUCAACAACUGUGAUUCGUUCCUCUUCAGUGGAUGCCAUGGGAAUGGAAACCAAUUUGAUGACAAGAAAAGUUGUCAGAAACUAUGUGCUACCAGAGGGCAAGGACGAUUCAACGUCGAUGCUGAAGAAGAAGGUGACGUUCAGCAAAGAGAUGAAGGUGAUACUGUUGCCAUUGUGUUCGGAUGUCUCUUUGGCAUUGUUGUCAUUGCCUUUGUGGCUGUAUUUGUCAUUCAGAGGAAAAGGCAUAAAAGCAAGAAAAACAAAUCUAAAGGAACAGAAGUAGAGAUGCAGUAAGUUACUGCGAAGUCUGUCACAUUGAGGAAGAAAUAACAGUUUCCUGGAGAUUUACUGUCAUUUGUUGGAAGGAAUGCUUGAAUUUCUUUAUUUUAAAUAAUGAUUUUGUACAUUGACUUUUAUAAAACUUAGUACAGAGAGAAUUUUUUUGUAUCAAUACUAAAUUAAUUUACCCAUGCUUCCCUUUCACAAAUGCAAAGAACAACUCAUCAAGUGUACAUCAAUGUUAAAAGCUGUGGGGAAUCCUAUUGUUUUGCUUAUAUCCAUAUAUAUAUGUAUUAUAUAUAUAUAUAUAUAUGGGUAUAUGUUUGUGUACAUUCACUAAUUGAGAAGCAAAUUGAAAUUUGAUGACAUUUCUACUAAUCUGUAUGUUUGCCAAAAUAAUUGAUGAAUUGAGAUCUAUGCCUUUGAAUUUGACUGUUCUUUGUUGUUAAAAGGACUUUUCAUUAUUAUGUUUGACAAAGAAGUUGUAAACUGGAACUAAUUCUUAUGAAGAAAGUUGUUUGACAAAAACAUGGUACAAAAUAUUAAAAAUUAUAAUAAAUAAAAAAGACACAAAUAUAUGAUUCCCUGCUUAUAUGAGACUAUUCAAAUUACAAAUAUGUUUAGUUAAAUUAAACUUUUUUAGUUUCCUGCUCUACACAGAAGUUAAUCAUCAAGUAAUUUCCAUACAGUAUGAUUGUGAAAUACUAAUGGACAUGAACGUAAGUAUGAUUUUUUGGUAGCUACCUUUCAAUACACAUUUCAACCCUAACUUUGGUGAAUUCUACAAAUAUAUUUGACUUUUUAAAAUAUCCUGACAAAAAAAAGUGUCAAAAUAUAAAGACUGUUUUUGUUAUUCAGUAUCUCAAAGUCAGGUUUUUACACUGAGUAAUAAAACCUGACCACUUCUUUCUUGUAGUUACAAUAAAUAGCAUUCCUGUGCCUCUUUCAA